GUGACGUCACGGUGUCAGAACCCGGAUGUUGACGGCUAAUAGCGCAAAGCAAAAAGGAAAGUGGCUGAUUUGUCUGGUAUCUGAUGUGUAGCAGCACUCAUGAAUACCCGCCGGCGCCACCAUCCUCGGAGCAGCCAGGAAGGGGUUUACACUGGGCCUUCACAGACCCAGACCCAGCUGGUCCAGCCAUUGGAGGGCCCUCUGUCUGUACCUCUUCCCUGUGCUCCUCCUGUCGACUCUGUCAGCAUGUCCUGCCGAGACCGCACCACUGAGUUUCAGUCUGUGUGCAAGUCUUUGCAGGGGAGGCAGAAUGGCGCACAGGGCAUUAAACCAGUUCACAGUGCUGUCAGGCAGAGGAGUGACUUCAUGCUUAUGGCAAAGAGAAUUGGCAGGGACCUUAGCAACACCUUUGCAAAGUUGGAAAAGCUGACAAUACUGGCCAAAAGGAAAUCCCUCUUCGAUGAUAAACCAGUGGAGAUCGAUGAGUUGACCUAUAUUGUGAAACAGGAUAUUAACAGCCUGAAUAAACAGAUAGCCCAACUCCAGGGUUUUGUCCGAUCCAGAAAUGGCCAAAAUAGCAGACAUCUUCAAACACAUUCCAAUACUAUUGUUGUAUCACUGCAGUCAAAAUUGGCAUCAAUGUCAAGUGAUUUCAAAUCAGUUCUGGAAGUGAGAACAGAGAACCUGAAGCAACAAAGAAGCAGGCAAGAGCAGUUCUCUCAGUCGCCAGCCGCCUCCACCUCCUUCCAUAACUCCAGCUUUGACAAUUCAGUGUUGAUGCAGGAUAAUUCCAAGAAAGCAGAUAUCUCUAUAGACAUGGAUCUCCGUUCCAGCCAGCAGAUGCAACUCCUCCAUGAGAAGGACUCUUUUAUUCAGGACCGAGCAAACACUAUGCAAAACAUAGAGACGACUAUUGUCGAGCUAGGAUCUAUUUUCCAGCAGUUGGCCCACAUGGUGAAAGAGCAGGAAGAGACAGUUCACAGGAUUGACGCCAACGUAGAAGACACUCAGCUCAACGUGGACUUCGCUCAUACGGAAAUCCUCAAGUACUUUCAGUCCGUGUCAAACAAUCGCUGGUUGCUUAUCAAAAUCUUCAUUAUCCUCAUCGUUUUCUUCUUCAUCUUUGUCGUCUUCUUGGCCUGAAAACUAUGGAUAACGUGACUAUUCAGCGGCAAAGAUGAAGCAUUUAUUGACAGGAGCGAACAAGCAGGGAGUUAAAAUGUAAAAUAAAGCAAGGCUCCCUCAGCUUUGGUGUGGCUAGAGACAGGACUGUAUAGUGUUCUUAAAUAAUGUCGCUUUACACAAUCUUCACCUUUGGAUCAUGAACAGUGUUAUUUGAUCGGCCUAUUACUAAAGUAACUUAGGAAUAUUAGCAGCAAGAUUAUUUUUGUGGUCAAAAGAAUUUGGUUUUAACUACUGAGUAAUUUUAUACCCGGAAACAUAUUCUCAUUCUUAUCCCACUUCUUUAGAUUAGAAGACAGGGUAGCUACACCAUUGUAGCUGUAAAUAGCUUGUUUCAUUAUUCCUUAUUAAUGACUUUUUGAAAAUGAUAUGAAAUAGUGUGGAACUUACGCUUACGUCUCAGGCUUUUUUUUUUUUUUUUUUUCACACUGUGAUUCAGUAGCCAUGUUUAUUUUGAGACAGCGAUGUAGAUUUGGGAAAAACUCUUAAAUAGGGCACUGUGCUGGGUGACUAGUUAAAACUAGCCUAUUCUGGAGAUCGCGAGUUCAGAUCCUGGCAAUGCCAAAGCAGCUCGUGACUAGAAGUCAAGAGAGGAAAGUUGACUGUGCUCUCCGGGUGGGAUGGAUGGCAUAGUGUCUGUCAUCUGUCAAUCACAGCAACACUAGCCAAUUGUGAGCUAGUGUAUGCAGGUGUGGAGGUUAACGUCACAUGCCUCGGAGGAAGCGCGUGUUAGUUUUUCUCUUUCGCGGUUGGUUUCGGGAGAGAGCUGGCUAGUGAGUGGUAUUAGCAAGCCCGGAUGUGUGAAUUCAGCCAAAAUUGUAAGAAAGAUUUACGAGCAAUUCAAUUAUUUAAGAAAGACUGAAAGUUGCCAUAAUAUUUACUUCAGGAAUAUUCAAGAAAUAAGGUUAUAUUGCAACAUGAAAUCAAUACCAAACUGUGCUGAAACUAUUUGUCUUAAUGAAUAGUGUUCUUGGAAGAGAUAAACAGUAUGCUAAUUCACAAUAGUAUGAAUGUUCUAAUAGUUACUGCAUUCUAUUGAAUACAUUUAAUGCCCUAGAAUCAUGACGUGGCAGCAAAGUUUAUAUCAGAUGUCUAAUUCAUAUCAUAAAGUGCAAUUUUAGAGUUUAAGUAUACAUGUAGACACUAACUCACUGUUCAUGCCAACAUUCCACUUCCUAAAAUGUUCAGCUGUACUGUGAACCAGAGAAUAAAAAUCCAGCAGAUUUAUUAAAAAAAAAAAAAAGUGGCCUGAACAGAGUGUUAAUACAACUUUAAUUUCUCGUUCGAUCUGCUUUUCUCUGUUGGUCUUUGUGUGAAAAUAUCUACUGUCUACAGCCACUUUCUGACAUAAUGGUUGCAGUUCAUCACUUUUUAAAAGUGGUAAAAACUUUUCAUGGCUUCUUUAUACUUCUGGUCAGUAAUUUUUCAAUAGAUUCAGAAUUUCAGAAAUCUCUGUUUGUUCUAAAAGUACCUAUUGUACAUUCUAACAGGACGGUUGAUGUAAUAUUGAUCAGUAUCAUAAAUUAUUUCUGUGAAAAAUAAACUUACUCUUGCUAA